ACGAAGGCCGCGUCCUCCUGGGCCGAAAUGCUCGGCUGUACGACCCUCAGCUGGCAGUCUGUGGGCCACGAGCGACAGGCGCAAGAAAUUGUGCAGGCCGCCAAGUCUCUUGACCUCGACAUCGCGAUCCGCGAGUACCUCGCAGAUGAGGCUGUGCCCCCUGCACGAUACCGUCGAGCGAGUGCUUGAGCAGGUCGAGCUCCGUCAGUUCGAGCUGUCCGCGGGCGCCGUGUUCCCCGACUUCCUAUUCCCCGUGGGCAGCCCGUACGUGCCUCGUGGAUACCAGCAUAGUCACGACCAGUGCGUGCGAGACGCCCUGCCAAAGCUGGAAACACUGCGCAAGACUAUUUUGGAGCACGUCGAUCGGAUCGGGACCAUCAAGGCGGUCUACGGAAUCUGGAUUCUCCGCCACAUCAGCACGGCAAUUUUUACUUACUCAUUCAAGCAGGUGAAGAUGUGGUGGCUUCUGGCUUUCGACAAGCAGGAGUUGGCGCAGCUGAUCGUGCGGUGGGCGGAGGGCAAGCGCAGCGUCCGCAAGACGCGCAUUCGCGACGUCUUUACCAGAAAGGACUUCAGACGGAUGCGCAAAGAGUCCGCUGCGGCCGGUGAGAUCUUUCUGCGUUGGAAGAGGGACAAUCCGGAGAAGGCCGGCGAGAAGAGUGUCCGUUGGCAGGGAAAGCGCAAGUUCCUCAAAGAGUGGGCGAGGCAAGCCGUGAACCGGACCUCCAAGAAGCGGAACGAGGACCCUGGCAGGCAUGAGAAGGAGGUCCAGAGGCUGUUCGAGAUGACGCUGCUCUUCGCCGUCGAGAACGACGCCUUUUGUUAUCUGUGCGGGGUGGAAUUGACCUUCGAGCGACGAGCGAGGAAAGACACCAAGGGCAAGAAGCAUCCAAAGGGCGUCGGGGUCACCUCGACAAACUUCUCGCCGGACCGCAUCGUUCCGGGUACAAUAUACGACCCCGUCACAAACAGACCAUGCUGCCUGGGCUGCAAUUUCAUCAAAAGCGGCUACCCUGAGUCGACGGCGAGGCAUCUAUUCCAGGCGUUCGCCGACGCUUCGCACUUGCUGAGUUCAGGUGAUAAGAUCUGGAUCGCUGCGGGCGUGGACUCGGAGGCAGCUUCGCCCGCUUUGGGCGCUGCGGGGGACAAGAUUGAGAGCUAAGUGUAUCAAAUUCUAAGGAAAAGAAGGGAGGAGAGAGGAGAUUACAGAAGGGGCUGGGCACGGGCGGCAAUCCGCAGGGCCAAAAACAUCGGCAAGCGCGACCCAAGGAAGGAUGGCCACCUUACCUUUGGCCACGUCUUCAAGUUGGCCACAGACGCAAGCCUCGGCG